GCAACAAGCUAAGACCCUACGGCUGAGCUUCAGCUCCGAGAACACAGAAGACGCACAUUUCAACGGCAUUCGGUAGCGAUGUUGACAGUGUUGUGAACUGAAACUGCCGUCCUCUUUGGAAAACAACGCUAAAGUUACUCCGGAUGGAUAAAGAAGCGAAUAUAUCGGUUUUUAGUUAGGCUAGCUAACGUUAAACAGCAUCGGAGCGUGCUGGCUAGCUAUCUUAGCAUCGUUAAAAAGUGUGAGUUGUGCGGUAGUCUAGUCACAUAUUCGACCAUUUUCGACAUAUUCGACCACUAUUCGACUGUUUUCCUAAGUUGGAAUGGUUCUUUUGGUCGAUAUAGAUAUCGAUAGUUCGAAAAGGGCGAAGAGCGGUCGUGGUGGACAUCGCCGUUUUGUUUGGACUCGAACUGUCUCGAGGAACUGGUCGUGUGGAUUUUGGACGUACAUGAUUUUUUAUUCUGCUGCAUGCUGACGAAAAAAAAAACAUUUACAUUUUUGUCAUCGGAUUUUUGAGCCCUGGUGGAAAAGUGUAGAAAAACUACCUGCUGAGCGUUGAGGACACGGUUCUUUUUCUUAUUAAUAAACGGACAAUGGUUAGUAGCCAAGUAGCUAUUAUACGAAGCUCCAGCUUCAUUUAGUGUUUCCUAAUCAGCAGGACUAUAACGUCUCCGCUAGCUCAGCCUGAACAAUCCCAGCCUCAGUCACAACCCGAUUAGCACACUUCAGAAAGCUCACGGCCAACUGUCGUUUCACUAGUUAACUCGGUCGGCUGGCCAAUAAUUGAAACUUAAUUUGACAUGAGACGAAUGCCACUUGCUAGAGAUACGACCAAGGGGCCUUUUUAUUAGUACCUUUUAACAGGAGCCUUUUGGAAAGAAUAAAAAGAAGCAUUUGAUGUUGACUGCAAAAGUUUGCCACAAUCAUGAUGAUAUUGAGCAGAAAGCCAGAUGGUCCCGUUACAGCAGCUCGCCAUGCCGACGGUCUCUAUGAUUCUUACAUGCGCACGGACCACAUUGUGAAUGAGGACACUGAUCUGAAUGCACAGAGCCCCUCUGGACUGCCGUUGCUGCCCAAACAUCCAGGUUUGAGUAAGUCUACAAUGAAAGAUCAUCUGGGGAUCCGAGGAGGACCGAUGAAGGUGAAGUACUUGUACGAGGACUCACACAACCGCAAACCGCAUGGUGUGACUCAGCACAGUGGCACCAGCCAUACUCCUGCCAAGCAUCCGUCCACUCUCUCCAAGGAAAGGAGUGUGGACAGCAACAGUUCAGCCAAAUCCUCCGAAAGCUUGGUUAAGUCCGCCAAGCCAGGUGGUCCCAUGGCUCCAGAGCAGGCGCUGAAGCAUAACAGACAUCAUCUGUCUGCCCUAGAGCAACAGGAGAUCCACAGCUACCCUGAUAUCUACUUUGUGGGACCAAAUGCCAAGAAGAGACAAGCAUUAGCAGGGGGCUCUAAUAACUGUGGCUAUGAUGAUGACCAGGGAGGCUAUAUCCAUGUACCUCAUGAUCACAUUGCCUAUCGCUACGAGUUCCUCAAGGUCAUUGGUAAAGGGAGUUUUGGUCAGGUCGCAAAGGUCUAUGACCACAAGCUGCACCAGCAUCUGGCCCUCAAAAUGGUGCGCAAUGAGAAACGCUUCCACCGGCAAGCCGCGGAGGAGAUCAGAAUUCUGGAGCACCUGAAGAAGCAAGACAAGACGGGCAGCAUGAACGUUGUCCACAUGCUGGAGCACUUCACGUUCCGCAAUCACAUCUGCAUGACCUUCGAGCUUCUCAGCAUGAAUCUCUAUGAGCUCAUCAAGCGCAAUAAGUUCCAGGGUUUCAGCCUGCCAUUGGUGCGCAAGUUCGCCCACUCCAUUUUGCAGUGCCUGGAGGCACUGCACCGCCAUAAGAUCAUCCACUGUGACCUUAAACCAGAGAACAUUCUGCUCAAGCAGCAGGGUAGGAGUGGUAUCAAGGUCAUCGACUUUGGCUCCAGUUGCUUUGACCACCAGCGCGUCUACACUUACAUUCAGUCCCGAUUCUAUCGGGCUCCCGAGGUCAUCCUUGGCUCACGCUACGGCAUGCCCAUAGACAUGUGGAGCUUUGGCUGCAUUCUAGCCGAGCUGCUAACAGGGUACCCACUCUUUCCUGGUGAGGAUGAGGGCGACCAGUUAGCCUGCAUGAUGGAGCUAUUGGGCAUGCCUCCUCAAAAACUUUUGGAGCAGGCUAAGCGUGCCAAGAACUUCAUCAACUCCAAAGGCCACCCCCGUUACUGCACUGUAACCACACUCAGCAACGGCACCUUGGUGCUCAAUGGGAGUCGCUCUCGACGGGGUAAGAUGCGAGGUCCUCCGGGCAACAAGGAGUGGGUCACAGCACUCAAAGGCUGUGAUGACCCCACCUUCAUUGACUUUCUGAAGAAGUGUCUUGACUGGGAACCCAGUACACGCAUGACGCCUGUCCUGGCUUUGCGGCACUCCUGGCUCUGCAAGCGACUACCCAAGUCUGUGCCUGUAGGGGAGAAGAGCAUGGUGCCCAAGCGGAUUACUGAGCAUAGCACCUCCUUCCCCAGUAUCAUCUCAAAGGCACCCGCUGUAAUGGGCCCAACCAACAAUAAACUGCGGACCCACAUGAUGGGGGACACUAGUGGGAGUAUACCAUUGCGUACAGUGCUACCAAAGCUUGUUUCGUAAAGCUGAUCACCUGUUCAGGGAUAAAAAUGACAUUGUAGCAUAGUCUUUAGAGGUGAGCUUAAUUUGCGUUUGAAAUGAUGAGUGAUUUUAAUGAAGUAAUACUAAGUAACAAAAACGACGAUAAAAAUUUAUAUGGCAGUUAAACAAUACCUUGGUUGUUUUCUUGGGACGGCCUUUGGAAAAGGUAUUUGAAAAUUGAAGAAUUUAGUGUCUUUAUUCACUUUUGUGUAGAAUGCUAUUGAAGUGCACAAAUUGUUGGGAAUAUGCUGUUUUCCAUCUGGGGGUUUACACUAUCACUUUUGCUAAAACCAACUUGAACUUUUGUAGUUGUAAGGGCUGCCUUUUAAAGGUCUACUUUUAAGGGCUUUUGAAAAUGCUGGGUCUCUGAAAUUGUCUCAAUCACUAUCUGACACGUGAUAUUUCAAAGUAUCAAGCAUGAGGAGCCCGAUUCUCACCCAGGGCUCCAACAGUCCUCUCAGUUUGCUAACAAGCUGUCUGUUUAACAAAUUUAUUUAAUAAUGAUUCUAACAGUUAUUUUCUGUUGGGAUUUUAAUUGUUUUAUUUGUAUUCUCUCACUGCUCUGUGUCUAGUUUUAUGGUUUGAGUUACAAGGAAGUUAUGACUUCCUUGGGUCCUUCUGGCCAAAAUGCUGUGCAAGUAAGCCUAUGGGAGAAGUCCAAGCCCAUCAUCCUCUGUACUACAGAGGCUUUUAACUUCCUCGUUUUCUUGGCAUUUCUUCUGUGAAGCUGUUGCUUAAGAGAAAGUGUAUCCCCUACAGCAAGACAAAAGGAUGGUUGGGGUGGGAGUAUUGGAGCACUGUGGACUUUCAAUGGCUUGAGUUUAUCCUGCAGCCAGUGUUGGAGAAAAAUAGGCUUAGAUGCUAUCCCAGCAACAACCUCGCUGUCUUUAUUGCAUUUGCUAUUCUGAAUGCUGUUGGUCACGUUUCACUCCAGUGACCAGCAGUAUGUUGGAUUGGCCUGUGUGUGGAAGCUAAGGCUUCCAAGCAGUUGUUGUUGCUGGUUUAUAGAACAGAAUCAUAUCAACUUUAAUGCUCAGUCAGAUAGAAGGGUUUGGCAGGGCAUUCAGUGGGUAAUUACCAAUGACUCCUCGAUGAUUCAGAAUGGAAGCACUCAGAGCUGCAGUUUUCACCCUGUUCUCCUGUGUUUUCCACCUUCUUCCAGGAUCACAAUAGAACCUUCCUGUCUAUACACUCAAGCUCUCUAUAGGAACGUGCUGUGCACACAGAGCCAUAUAUUCUGGGGUGACUUACAGUAGCAGUUAACGUGUAGCUGCACCCAGGCUGUUUCCCGUCACAGAGCCUUCUGCAGACCUAGCUGUUAUCCGCACACACUCGGUGUUACGACAGCUUUAGGAAUGAUUGAUGCAGCUGUUUUUUAUGCAAGUUUUAUAUGGAGGUCAAGGCUUUUGAUGACCUCAUACAGGAGAUAUGACAAAAGCACAUUUUGUUGGCACUGCCAUUGGUUAUAUCAAACGUUCUGGCUGUGAACGGAAUUACCUGAAUGCUCAAUGGCAUAUUAUUAUAUAAGGCAAAGACACUAUUUUAGUGAAAGGUGCUAAACCUGUGGUCCUCACAGAUAUAUGCUGUGCAUCUCUCUGUCCACAGGACCAAGGAUUGAAUCUGAAACAGAAACCAUAAACGUGGUUGUAAAAAUCACUGCCAUAGAGUUUUUCAUUUUAGUUUUGUUAUUCCCUCUCGUGAUGAUCUUAUUCAUCCUGUACAACUCACCUCUCUCAGGUCAUGACCCCACUUUAGCGGGUUUGAGAACAUGGAUGCUUUAAGGAUGUAUGAUUCCACAGAGUGAUCUUUAUUUUAUUUUUUUUUAUUUUUUUUAUUAAAGCUUGUACACACACAAUCCACAUGGGCUAGAGAGUUGUGAAGAGCUAGUCUGUAAUCUUAGGACACUGGUGCUUUGCUCAAUGUAACUAGCACUACCCACAUUCGUAAGACAAAUAAUGAUUGUUUGGUCUGUCUUAAGCGGGACUGGUUGAUUAAUCAGUUAAUAAUGAGUUGUCUUCAGUAGCCCUACCAGCUCUGUGACCUAAUGGAACAUAUCCAGUGACAACAGAGUUGUUAUGGAAAAGUAUAUUUGGUGUAGUUACUGAAGAAAACAUCAGAUGUUUCUUAGUCUACCUCUUCUUUCCAAAAAUAACACUUUGCUUCUGACUGACGUUCACUAUGAGCUCUAUGAAAGAGCCCCAUGACUCAAACCAAACGGCAGUGUUCCACUGUCAUCCUGCCAAGCUGUCCCCAGCUGUUAUGUUCACGUUAGCAUAUCUGCCUGUUAGCUUUAUCCCAGACCAGCAUCUGCUUUGUCACGCAUGUCUGUCCCGAUGAUGUCCUGCAGCCCUGUCUGUCAGGGAGAGCCUAUCCCUGUGUCUUUGGUGGAGUGCUGGACUGAGUCAGCUGGGUUCAGCACAGGCUUGUUUCUCUUCCAGCUCUUACAGGGUUUCAUGCUUCUUAUGUUUCUUUUUAUAGACUUCUUUUUUUUUUCUUUCUUUCUUUUUUUUACAGCUUUCCAAAUGAGUUCAUUCAAUUCAAAGAGGGUCGAAUACCAGAACUGUGUUUUUCCUCCUGUGAUGUGUGUUUAUGGACUGCUAGCUAUAUUCACAGCAUGAAAAUCAAAGUGUAAAAGGACUAAAUGAUGAGUUAUGUAAUGAUAAAAAUGUGUACAUAAAGUAACCAAAUGAGCUUGUAUUGUUUUUUUUUGUUUUUUUUUUGUUUGUUUGUUUGUUUUUUAAGAAGAAUAAAAUCGAUAUUAAAAUAA